CUUAAGUUGAUCAUAGUUUUUUUAAUAUUAUAUUUUAAAUCAAAUAUAAUGAACAAUGACGAAGACCAGCUUAAAACUUUGCCAAAUAUUGAUGUUAACAAUCCUGAUUUUUAUGAUAUCGUGCAACAAGAAAUUGAUUACGACUUAGCACGGAUGAAAAAGAACGUUGCAAUCGUAACAAACCUUAGAAUGGCAGCUGCAGAAAUAGAAGUGGAGACCGCAGCCCUGUACCAUGCUGAAUUGUGGUACGAUAUUGAAAACCUUAAGGCUGUUACUGGUGAAAGCAUGAAAUCCACUUAA